CACCCCUGCCCCUCAGCCUCCCGCUCGUCAGUGUUGUAUCCUCUUCUGGCCGGUAUCAUGCACUCCAAAGCUUUCUUGGCAGCGCUUCUUGCGCCUGCCGUCUCAGGGCAACUGAACGACCUCGCCGUCAGGGCUGGACUCAAGUACUUUGGUACUGCUCUUAGCGAGAGCGUCAUCAACAGUGAUACUCGGUAUGCUGCCAUCCUCAGCGACAAGAGCAUGUUCGGCCAGCUCGUCCCCGAGAAUGGCAUGAAGUGGGAUGCUACUGAGCCGUCCCGUGGCCAGUUCAACUACGCCUCGGGCGACAUCACGGCCAACACGGCCAAGAAGAAUGGCCAGGGCAUGCGUUGCCACACCAUGGUCUGGUACAGCCAGCUCCCGAGCUGGGUCUCCUCGGGCUCGUGGACCAGGGACUCGCUCACCUCGGUCAUCGAGACGCACAUGAACAACGUCAUGGGCCACUACAAGGGCCAAUGCUACGCCUGGGAUGUCAUCAACGAGGCCAUCAAUGACGACGGCAACUCCUGGCGCGACAACGUCUUUCUCCGGACCUUUGGGACCGACUACUUCGCCCUGUCCUUCAACCUAGCCAAGAAGGCCGAUCCCGAUACCAAGCUGUACUACAACGACUACAACCUCGAGUACAACCAGGCCAAGACGGACCGCGCUGUUGAGCUCGUCAAGAUGGUCCAGGCCGCCGGCGCGCCCAUCGACGGUGUCGGCUUCCAGGGCCACCUCAUUGUCGGCUCGACCCCGACGCGCUCGCAGCUGGCCACCGCCCUCCAGCGCUUCACCGCGCUCGGCCUCGAGGUCGCCUACACCGAGCUCGACAUCCGCCACUCGAGCCUGCCGGCCUCUUCGUCGGCGCUCGCGACCCAGGGCAACGACUUCGCCAACGUGGUCGGCUCUUGCCUUGACACCGCCGGCUGCGUCGGCGUCACCGUCUGGGGCUUCACCGAUGCGCACUCGUGGAUCCCGAACACGUUCCCCGGCCAGGGCGACGCCCUGAUCUACGACAGCAACUACAACAAGAAGCCCGCGUGGACCUCGAUCUCGUCCGUCCUGGCCGCCAAGGCCACCGGCGCCCCGCCCGCCUCGUCCUCCACCACCCUCGUCACCAUCACCACCCCUCCGCCGGCAUCCACCACCGCCUCCUCCUCCUCCAGUGCCACGCCCACGAGCGUCCCGACGCAGACGAGGUGGGGACAGUGCGGCGGCAUCGGAUGGACGGGGCCGACCCAGUGCGAGAGCCCAUGGACCUGCCAGAAGCUGAACGACUGGUACUGGCAGUGCCUGUAAGGGACGAGGUCCCGCUGAGGGCGAGUCUUCUGGAUUGUUGAAGUUGGCAGCAUAAUUUGGUGAGGUUCCUAGACAGAGACCAUCGGGGGCCGAUCCAAGAAACACUGGCUGCAUCCGACCGGGAUUUUCUGACUUCUUCUGCAUGUAUUGAAGGUUGUGUUGAGAACCAACUGUAAAUAAGGGACCAGCAGAUCAAAGCUGGAGGUUCAAGCAGAAUAAAAUCUUCUCCUGAC